ACGCGGCGUGCGCGGACCCGCGGGAGAACCCGGCCACGGCCCAGCACCUCGAUCCCGCGCGGUUGUCACCUUCGCCCGGGGAAGGGGCCUCCAGCACCAUGCCCCGCAUAGACGCGGACCUCAAGCUCGACUUCAAGGAUGUCCUGCUCCGACCUAAGCGGAGCAGCCUGAAGAGCCGCGCCGAGGUGGAUCUUGAGAGUACAUUUACAUUUCGAAACUCGAAGCAGACCUACUCAGGAAUCCCCAUCAUUGUGGCCAACAUGGACACUGUGGGGACAUUUGAGAUGGCAGUUGUGAUGUCACAGCACUCCAUGUUUACCGCUAUUCACAAGCAUUACACGCUGGAUGACUGGAAGCGCUUUGCCGAGUACCACCCGGAAUGCCUGCAGAACGUGGCCGUGAGUUCCGGCAGCGGGCAGAAUGACCUGGAAAAGAUGAGCAGCAUCCUGGAGGCUGUGCCGCAGGUGAAAUUCAUUUGCCUGGAUGUGGCCAACGGCUACUCGGAGCAUUUUGUGGAGUUUGUGAAACUGGUUCGAGCCAAGUUUCCCGAGCAUACCAUCAUGGCAGGGAAUGUGGUAACAGGAGAGAUGGUGGAAGAGCUUAUUCUUUCUGGAGCAGAUAUCAUCAAAGUGGGAGUGGGACCAGGUUCCGUGUGCACCACCCGCACCAAGACCGGGGUGGGCUACCCCCAGCUGAGCGCAGUGAUCGAGUGUGCAGACUCCGCCCACGGUCUCAAGGGGCACAUCAUCUCUGACGGAGGCUGCACGUGUCCAGGAGAUGUCGCCAAAGCCUUUGGAGCCGGAGCUGACUUUGUGAUGCUGGGAGGGAUGUUCUCGGGCCACACCGAGUGUGCAGGGGAAGUGAUCGAGAGGAACGGACAGAAACUCAAGCUCUUCUAUGGGAUGAGCUCAGAAACAGCCAUGAAGAAACACGCAGGAGGAGUGGCUGAGUACAGAGCCUCGGAGGGCAAGACUGUGGAAGUGCCUUACAAAGGGGAUGUGGACCACACAAUUCUGGACAUUCUUGGGGGACUGAGGUCUACCUGCACCUAUGUGGGGGCUGCCAAGCUCAAGGAGCUCAGCAGGAGAGCAACGUUCAUCCGGGUGACCCAGCAGCACAACUCUGUGUUCAGUUAACCAUGGGAUGAAGCUGGAGCUGCCAUCGCCAUCUCGCACACCUGCUUUGCCCACCUCCCUCCGGUCCAUCGUGCCAGAGCUGCUGCCUGCUCCCGAAUGGUGGAAUGCUGCAUCUUUUCUCCCCUUCCACUGCCUGGAGGCUUUGGGGCUCCCUAGUGCCUUCUUGAGGCCCCAAAGCAGGGCCCUGAUUGGGUCAGGGGCCCAGGACUCAGUCUCAUUGUUGACAUGCACCCCCCCCUUUUUUUUUUAAAGAAAAUGGUUUUACUUUAAUAUAAUGCUAUUAUCUUGAAAUUUCAUUGGGUGCUGGAGUUUGCAUUUAAGUCAACUUGCAUGGGGUCCUUAGUGAUAGUGCUGCUGCCUUCCCUGCCCAGGUAAGUGGUGCUCUUGGUUGCCAGCAUAGGAAACCUUGAGAAGGGCUGGGCUGAGUCACAGCAGCUGGCAUCCUCUCCCUCCGGUGGUUGCUGGAAAAGAGCAAAAGCUGUUUCUAGGGAGCUGGCCCUGUCCUGGGAUUUCGUUUUGUUUUCUUCCAUCCUUUGAUUCCUUCUCUUCUCAGUUCCAGCUUGUCAGGCUGGCCCCUCUCAGAAGUUGUCAAUUAUCUUCAAAUCCCACGAGGUGUGUAUUCAAAGAUCAUGCGUGAAGAAUGACAGGUGGAAUCCUGCUGAAAGACAGAGGCUUUGCUAGUUGGCCCCUAAAAUGCGUUAGUUUAAAACGUGAGUUACAACCUUUCCCUUAUUGGGAUUCAUGCGUCGGAGGAAGGAGCACGUUGCGGGUGACGCUGGCUUUGUCUUGCAGAAGGGACCCACAGUGGCCACUCGAGUUGAGGUACCACUCGAGUGUGAGGACUUUAAAGUUCAUGCGCGCCAGAAUAUUUUGCUUUUCUUGUUAAGGUGAACGAAGCAAGUACGGGAGAUUUUCUCUGAAAGGCAAGCAGGGGCCUAGAGUAGAGAAAGAGCACACACCAUGCUACUGAGGAAGGCGUCCAUUACCUGACAUCCUGUGGAACCGGAAGGAUCCAGCCACAGCAUCACAGUGGGGAGGUGCAAGCCCAUUUUUAGUCUUUUAAGGAAAACAUUUAAAGGUCCAGCAGCUUUUAGCACUAAUCCACCGCCCCCACUCUUAAAAGAAUUGCUUUCGUAGCCAUAGAAACAGGAAAGGCUGCACUGCAGAGAUCAGAGUGUGGUCAGGACAGAGCAGGAUGUAGAGCAAGAUGGGGGUCUUGCCCGGGGGCUGUCUUCUCUCUGCCUGUCUGGGUGAGGCUCUCUUGAUGGAUGGUGUUUAUGAAAUAUUUGGAAAAUAGACACAAAGCAAAGUAAAUCUUAAAUGCUUUGAAAAGGACCUGCGAUAGUGAGCGAAGGUCUUGGAGGACCAGGUCCAGCUCCAGGCUCCCGCUCUUGUAGUGCGGUGUCACCAGCGUCCCUCCUCUCAGAUCUGGCUCCUGUGCUGCACCGCAUGGCCCGGGAGGACGGCACCUGGCUGCCUCACCCGUUCUGGUAAAGAUGCUGAAGACUAGCUCUCUGUUUUCACAACCAGAAGCUGGUAGGUCCCUUGCAGUCUACUUUCUAGGGAAGUAAAGGUGAGAGUUAUUGUGAAACCAAAACAUACGAGGAUCAUUUCGGAGCAGAGGCUUCCUAAGAACUGUCUCAUUCCCCUCGGCUCGGCAAGUCCAUCCGCUCGCAGUGGUCAGGGGAUUAGUGCGGUGUUGCUCACACCCGGUAGCAGGUAGGAUGUGGGCACUGGUCAGACGUGCAGCCCCACUGCUUACCACUGGGCUCUGUGCCUGCAGGGGGGUGGGCAAGUUUGGUGCCAUUUACCUGCCCCAUGGCAGCACACAG